ACCCUGAGCUCUUCAGCGCUCGUCUACGGGAGUGUCCGGUGCGCACCCGUCCCAAGAACCAAAUAUGGAUGAAUGGGUCGGGAGAAUUCCUGUGGAAUAGAUGGGCAUUCCUAAUGGUUGUCAGGAGACGAAAAAAGGUGGAUGGCGUCGGGUAUAUAAGGUUGACGGCGGUUGCUGUCAGUCCUUAGCUGGAACCAGCAGUGGUAAAGUUCUGUAACUGAGCUUCUUCUAAAAGAAAACCAGAACCCACCAAGAUGUGUGACGACGACGAGACUACCGCUCUUGUGUGCGACAAUGGCUCCGGACUGGUCAAGGCUGGCUUCGCCGGUGACGACGCCCCCAGGGCUGUCUUCCCCUCCAUUGUCGGUCGCCCUCGUCACCAGGGUGUGAUGGUGGGUAUGGGUCAGAAGGACUCCUACGUAGGAGACGAAGCUCAGAGCAAGAGGGGUAUCCUGACCCUGAAGUACCCCAUCGAGCACGGUAUCAUCACUAACUGGGACGACAUGGAGAAGAUCUGGCACCACACCUUCUACAACGAGCUGCGCGUGGCCCCCGAGGAGCACCCCACCCUGCUCACUGAGGCCCCCCUGAACCCCAAGGCCAACAGAGAGAAGAUGACACAGAUCAUGUUCGAGACCUUCAACGUUCCCGCCAUGUAUGUGGCCAUCCAGGCUGUCCUGUCCCUGUACGCUUCCGGUCGUACCACCGGUAUUGUGCUGGACUCCGGUGAUGGUGUGACCCACAACGUCCCCAUCUAUGAGGGUUACGCUCUCCCCCACGCCAUCAUGCGUCUGGAUCUGGCUGGUCGCGAUCUGACUGACUACCUCAUGAAGAUCCUGACCGAGCGUGGCUACUCUUUCGUCACAACCGCCGAGCGUGAGAUCGUGCGUGACAUUAAGGAGAAGCUGUGCUAUGUCGCCCUGGACUUCGAGAAUGAAAUGGCCACCGCCGCCUCCUCCUCCUCCCUGGAGAAGAGCUACGAGCUUCCCGACGGUCAGGUCAUCACCAUCGGUAACGAGCGUUUCCGUUGCCCAGAGACCCUCUUCCAGCCUUCCUUCAUUGGUAUGGAGUCCGCUGGUAUUCAUGAGACUGCCUACAACAGCAUCAUGAAGUGCGACAUUGACAUCCGUAAGGACCUGUACGCCAACAAUGUGCUUUCCGGCGGUACCACGAUGUACCCUGGUAUUGCUGACCGUAUGCAGAAGGAGAUCACUGCCCUGGCCCCCAGCACCAUGAAGAUCAAGAUCAUUGCCCCACCUGAGCGUAAAUACUCCGUCUGGAUCGGUGGCUCCAUCCUGGCUUCCCUGUCCACUUUCCAGGCUAUGUGGAUCACCAAGCAGGAAUACGACGAGGCAGGCCCCAGCAUUGUCCACCGCAAGUGCUUCUAAAUGCAUUGUCAACAUCUCGCUCAAGAUCCAAGAAACAACGGCACACCGCCUUGCGAUCAAGGGACAACUUUAUACAACUGUUACAUUGUAACAGCGAAAGCUCAGCAAAACGGAGAGAAUGACGUCAACAUCACGACGUGUGAGGAAAAAUACCAACAUGUGAAUGUAAAAUGUACAUAAAUGUUAUUUAUUGACCGUCCAUCAUUUGGUAUUUUUUUGGUGAGCACAGUCUGUUUUGGGGACAGAGGGUGACCACAACGUUGUUUUCUCUGGUUACCCGAUAAUGUCUCAGAAGUACGUGCCAUCUGUACUCGAGCCAAACAUUAUCAACUACUAACCAUCAAGAGAUCCACAUAGGAAAUAAAAACCAUCUAUUUUCAAA